CAGCUCAGCUAAUACCAUUACAUCGCUUAGUAAGCAGACUCUGCAUGCAAACAAGCAGCGUUCUGGCCUCUACUCGUUACUAUGCUAGACACUUCCCUCGGCAGCCGUAUUACUUGACCUCUAGCGAGCAGAGACGGGCCUCUCAUUUUGCCCUGUUGUGUCUUAGCGUCUUGUCAAAAUGGACUGUUCGGUUGAGAGUAGGCAAGGAACUCCUGUUGUUGCUAUCGCCACAAUUCUAGUAGCGUUCCAGGUUUUAGGACUGGCCCUAUAUCAGGCCGGUGCUCUGCACCUAAGGUCCUCAAACACACUUCUCAUCCAAGCUCUCCUAAAUAUCGCCAUUGGCUCCAUAUUGUGGUAUUGCGUUGGCUACUCACUCGUCUAUGGCCCCUCGCAGAAGGGAUUUAUAGGGAGCCUGGACCAUGCGUUCUUCCUGGACGUAACUCCUUCCAACUGCACAAGCAAAACCACAACGGUAUAUGUACCCAGAGUGCUGUUCGCUACGUUUGAAAUGAUGCUUGCCAUCACUGCACCUUAUAUGGUAAUAUCCGCUUGGACAGAAAACAUUAGCAUGGUUGGAGCAGCGAUAGUCUUUACCCUCUGGCCUAUCUUGGUUUACUAUCCUCUCUCUCAUUGGAUUCGCGGCGGUGGCUGGCUGAAUGCGAUGCGUGUCAUUGACUACUCGGGCAGUCUUACCGUACACGCCAGCUUAGGUGCCUCUGCGCUUGUGUUUACCAGGAUCUUGCGUCCAUGUGUACCGGAAAUAAACAGUACUCGAGCCUCGUUUCAGCGCAUGAAUGCCCUGAGUCACGUGAUGCUUGUAGGAGGAGCUUUCAUUUCUAUUAUGGGAUGGUACGCAGUCAAUGUCGCCUCAACAAUAAUACAAACCGGAUCAAGCCUCGCUUCCAUAUCUGUCGUCAACACUCACCUGUCCUCCUCCACCUCGCUUCUAUGUUGGCUGGUUGUGAGCACGCUUGAGUCACGUGGCCUUCUCUAUAGUGACGUCAUUGCUGGUUUGAUAGCUGGUGUCAUAGGCUCAAGUGCCGCGGCAGCUUCCAUGCAAGUGUGGGCGUCACUGUUGUCAGGAUUACUGGCAGGCGUGACGUCAUCUCUAGCCCUGUGCUGCGCGCGCAGAUGGGGUCCUUAUUGGACUAAUGGAAGUCCAGUUGACUUCAUUUAUAUAAAUGGUGUCCCAGGGCUCUUUGCAGCAUUAUCAGCGGGGUUACUCGUUGACCCAUCUCUAGAUGCUCGCGGGCUCAGUGGCGCGUUCUACGCAGGGGGUCGGCAGCUCGGCGUUCAGCUCUUGGGCGUCGUCGUCACUAUCGCGUGGUCCGCGGUGUGGACCUAUCUUCUGUCUUGGUUUAUUCAUAUUUCGGUCGGGUUCAAUCUGAGCUUUUCCUUGAGCUCUGGCGUCACAAAGAAGGCACACUCUCCCUCGUAUAAGCUCCCGGAUCACGUGGUCACACGAGAGAAGCUGUUCGUGGCGGCAAGUGAGGGCGACCUUAAGGAGCUUGAGAACAUGGCUGCUAAACAGGUCGUCAACUUUGGAACACAAGACUUCGACAAGCGAACCGCCCUACUCUUAGCAUCAUCACACGGACAUGUGCAGUGUGUCAAGUUUUUGCUGCGUCAACCUGGAGUAGAUAUACACUCAAGAGAUAGAUGGAGGGCUACCCCUCUUACAGAGGCUAUCAAGUAUCUUCAUGACCGCGUGGUACAGUGUCUAAUUAAGCAUGGAGCUAGUUGGUCAGACGACGGAGCCGGCGAUAUCCUGUGUACAGCAGUAGCGCGUUGUGACAUGGAGGAAGUCUCUCGUCUGAUAACACUCGGGAUGGACGUGAACGCGACCAAUGAGGACGGAAGCACCGCCCUCCACGUGGCGGCCACGCGAGGCGCGCGAGGAAUCGUUCAGUACCUCAUAGAUCAUCGCGCGGAUAUUAACGCAGUUGACUCGUGGGGAAACACCCCUCUAAAUUACUCAGACAUGCACGAACAUCGUGCAGUGAGUCAGCUCCUGGAGGGCCUGGGCGCUAGGCGCAGUUCCCGCCAUUACAGCACGCAGGAGAUCUGCGAAGUGUCAAGUGCGGGAAACCUGCAGAUGUUACGUCACAUGGUGCACAACGGCGCAUGCGUUAGUUAUAGAGACGCAAACAGGAGAACGCCUUUGCAUGUCAGCUCCGCGGAGGGCCACCUCGACAUUGUUAAAUUCCUUUUGCUUCAACCUGGCAUCGACGUGAACGCCAGAGACAAGAGCGGCAAGACUCCUCUUCUAGAUGCCAUUGUAAACAACCGUCACGAAGUGGUGGAAUACCUCAAAUCUCAUGGAGCUGUCGUAGACGAAACGAAACUCGUCACCAUAGCGACCGAGCAUGCCCGUAAUGGUGACGCUAAGAGCUUAAAGCGCAUGCUCAGAUUGUCAGGUCACUUGAAUGCGAGCGACUUUGAUGGUAUGACGUUACUGCAUGUCGCCGCCGCGCAUGGCAGGAUGAGGGUCGUGUCCAUGCUGCUGAAAGAAGGUGCAGAUGUGUCACUAGUGAAUCGUCUGAACCAGACUCCUCAACAGUUGGCAAGUCUCAACGGUCACACAGAAGUCGAGAGAGAGCUCAGGAGAUUUACAAAGAAAGCAGAUGGCGUUCUUCAUGUGAAUGACAAGAAAGACCCCUCGACCAUGUGUUACAAGAAUCACCUCAGGAUACGAAAACGACGGCACAAGACAGAACCCUCAGCAUACCAUUACGCACGUAGAGGAUCCUGGUCCGAUCAUACGGACCAAUCAGUGGACUUUAAAAAACAUGAACAGUCAAGCGUCAGCACGGAAAACCUGUCACGUGAUGUGAUGCCUUUAGGAGGCGUCCAAUCAGAGAACAAGGUGUCACACCCACCAUUCCUUCGGGUCACGCCAAUCUCGCAUCUAUCUCCAACGACGCGAGAGAUGGCUGGAGGCGAACCCGACUAUGUUUGAGAAAAAACACGACUUUGGGACAAUAUGAGGGGGGCUCACCCCCCUCCUCAAAAGUCAAAUGGUCGGCCCCUAAAAAUGCUAAAACAAAUAUUUAGUUAAUAGUUAAACGCCAAAUACUGACGUGUCAGAAAUGACUCUGAAAUAAAUUAACAAUAUUCCUUUCGUAA